AUGGGGACAGAGGGACCUAAGCUACCUCUACCCCCAAGGGAGAAGCGAGGACACAAUCGGUGGCACUGGACAACAGUGGAAGGAGUGGUGAAGGUGGCCCUCACAUUCACCGGCAUCUUGGGUGAGCUCUUCUACCCCCCGGGGGUGAACAGGACGAGGCUGGUGGAUUGGGAGGCCCCGCAGCGGCCGUUUCUGUUCAAGGAGAGCUGGCAGCACAUCACCAUGUACUCCUUCUUUAUGCUCAGUGGGGUGGUGGACAUCGUCAGCCAGAGGCAUCUGGCGCGGCAGAACGAGAGGCUGGAGCAGGCAGCCGAGGCCCUGGCCUUCUACAUGGUGGUGCUGCUCAUGGCCACGCACAUUGAGAACAGGGGCAGCGUGGAGGUCCGCGUGCACCAGCUGUUCAUGCUGCCCACCUUCCUGGUAGCCCUGGUGCUCAGCAUCGAGGUCUGGGUCCCCAGCCAGCCCACACUCUGGGUGCUCAAGACCUGGAUGGGGCUGGUGCUCAGCAGCUGGCUGCUGCAGCUGUGUGUGGUGCUGUACACUCCGCCCUCCGGACAGCACUGGCGGGGAGACAGCACCGAGGACAUGGCCUUCCUCACCACCUUCUUCUGCUGGCACCUGGGCUUGAUGGCCCUGCUGCUGGCCGCCGUCUACGGGCUCUGCAGCCUCUGGCUUCGUCACUGCUCCUCCGGGGUGGGAUCCCUGGGCCCCAGGUACAAGAUGUGCCCCACCGAAUCCAGCAACGAGGAACUACAGAGGCUCCAGGAGGAGGAGGAGGAGCUGCAGAACGGAGGUGUCUAGGUACAGAAACUGCUUUGUGCGUUGUCUUUUGUAACGCGCUUCAGCGGCGCCUGCUGCGCAGAUGGCUUGGAAACGCUCCGGGGUCCAGAGAGCGGCUUUCUGUCUGGUGUUCUCAAAUAAACCUUGCGGCUCCAAGGAAGCCUUCUACGCA